GAGGUCUCUAUGCGAAAGGGUGAGAUAGCCGAAGGCAUCUCAGGCGGUCACCUCUAUUUUGGCUCCACAUUUUUUUCCCCUUUUGCUUUUCGUUCCAACUCCUUCUAGAUGACCGACGUUACGUCGCAGCAAGGCUCAGCCAGCGACGUUGUCACGGCGGUGCAGCAGGUGCGAGACGACUACAUGAAGUUUUUCUCUGAUGUUUUCACAGACGAGCUGGUCGAGCUGUAUGAGGUAGACGGCAGCAAAGAUGCGGUGAAGCAGCUGACCGCCUGCAUCGAAAGCGGUGUUGCCGUCUACGGGCAUCCCAUUUACGUGGAUGAUCCUCAUCUUUCAUCGUCGUAA